AUGUCAACGUCUCCAUCGUUGACAUCACCUUUGUCGUUCGCAUCGUCUGCAUCGCACGAAUCGACGCCCCAAACGUCUUCAUCAUGCUCGACGACGCCGCCGCCCGAAUUCGAUCUCUGGCUCACACACCAAUGGUCCAACGCCAUCUGGGCCGACUCUGACGCCCAAUCAUUGAACUCGGAUACGACCGUACGACGUAACGGACCGGCCAAUAAUGAUGACGAUGCUCAAUCAUUCACCAUUCUGUCCGCUGCCUGCGUUCACAUCGGACCGGUCACCUGGGCUGGCAAAAUUCGCAAGACGCGCUCGCUCGCUUCCCUCGAUACGGCUCAUCGUGUCUCUGGCGCGAUCAAACGCCCCAUCACGCGCUGGCUCAAGUCGCCUCGUUCCACUGACGCCUUUCCGCGCAAUCUCGCUGCCAACAUUGCGCCUUCGCCCGCUCUGCUCACGCCCGACCGUGCACUUACCAACCGCAUCUCGCAAUCGUCGUCGACCUACUCGGUCAAACGCUUAACCUUGGACGAACCGCUGCCGGACAAUGUCGCUGCUACUGUGACACCUUCGACGGCUGCCCCUCUUGCUGCUCCCGUUACCCUGGACCGGUCGCCCGACCCUCCUGGCAUCACGACGCCCUCAAAACUGCGUACACGACGUCUCUCGAACGCUUUACGGCGAACGCUUUCCGGAUCGCUCACUUCGCGCAAUGAUGUUGACUCGUACUCGUCGGCACUGCGCCUCUCGCGCUCGCUUACGUACCUCAAAUCGCCCGAAAUUGUGCCGCCCGUGCCUAUACCCCCCGCAUCGCUUCUCGUCUCUGCGACUACCCCCGUACCGUCAUCGCCUAAAUCGGCGCGAUUUGCAUCCGCCGAACCGACAUUGGCACCUGUCACCGAAUCCAACUCACCGUCUGCCCCGCCCGGCGAUAUAACCAUGUCUGUCAUACUGGGUUGGUAUCAAGCAGGCACGGAGCCCGUCAGCCCGACAAGACGCGCCAGGAUCAGCUCGGUUGCUUCUCAGGCCGUUACGAGCGAGUCCUCAGCCGGCUACGAGUCUGUACGCAAUAGCUACGAGCCAGAGCUCUACACUGCAGAAAGUCGUGCAUCCUCGAGUGGUCAUGCGAGUCCUGCCAUAACGGGGAGCUUUGUGGCUGCCAGGCGGGCACCGCUUCCGCCCACGCCUGCAAAUGCACCCGGCACUGCCAUCUCAACCCCGGAAGCGGCAGCAGCAGAAUGGGACAUUGGCAGCGAAAACAAUGCUACUGCGCUCGAGUCGCCACAAGUCGGGGUGCCCAAGCGAUCGAGCAUCUCUAGCGCUCAGAGGAGCAGCUACAUUGCUGGUUCGAGACCGCCUUUCAGCCAGCCGAUGACACAUGCAUCCUCUGGCUCAUCGAUGGGUCAUCAUUCGGGUUCUCAGACUGGCUCGGCCCGGCCUAGUAUGUCCUCCCAAGGGAGCGGCUCAGUCCCAAUGGCCGCCAAUGGCAGUCGGAGACCGUCUAACCCUCCCAUCGUUACACGCUUUCAGAGAGAUUACUCGAUGUCGAAUCCAGCUUCGCCGGCUCUGGCCUCGGCCUACAUCGGUGCCUCGCCGCUUGGCGCUCCAUUCACUCAGGAGCCGCCCAGCAGCGCUGCGUCUUCGCGCAGUCCAUCUGCUGGCAUAGCGCCAGGCGCAAGCUUCAUGGUCUCUGGCAUCGCAGACUCGCUGCCGCCUAUCUCGACCUCAUUUGCUCCAGGCACAGCCGUAUCAGUGGCAUCGAACAGCAGUACGUCGACCCUAGUCAAUAGUACGGGAAGUACUGCGUCAGUCACCCGGCCACCGCUCUUUCCUCAUGCCACCAGCCCUCAAUUUCCAUCGACGGAGUCUGCCGAGCCCUCGCCGAUUUCUCCUCGCCCAGACGCGAAGCGUAAGAUGAGUAAGAGCGGCGGUGGUGGCACGAUCAAGUCUGCCUUUGGCACGCUCUUCAGCAGCGUUGGCGACAUGGUGGCAAACCAACGCAGAAUGGAAAUUUCCACGCCUUAUGAUCCUGUCCAUCUCACUCAUGUCGGCUUCAACUUUGACACUGGCGAGUUUAUCGGGUUGCCAAAGGAAUGGCAGAAGCUCCUACAAGAUUCGGGCAUCUCGCAGCAGGAGCAAGAAGCCAAUCCACAGGCAAUCGUGGAUGUCGUGGCCUUUUACCAGGAUGCGACGAAGCACGAAGCUGAGCAGCCCGGCGGUGAGGAUGAUGAGGUCUGGCGCAAGUUCAGCAGCCCCGCCCAUCAACGGCACUACGAAAACCCCAGAUCAGCGCCCUCACCACCGCUGCGCAACGAUCCGAAGCUCAAGUCACAAUUUCCGACAGGUGCAGCACACAAAUUGGACCGAUCGAUGUCUCAGCGAGCUGCGCCCAAAACACCGGUCUCGCAGCCUUUGGAUCGGUCAAAGUCGACGCGGACUUCGCCAAUACCCCCUGCUGUGCCACCACAACAGCAGGUCAGUACACCGCAGCGAUCAGAAGAGCGUACACGACAGGACAGCGAAAGCGGUGGACUAUCAGUUGCGCGGAAGCGCGAAGCAAAGCCGGGCAGCGUGAGAGAGACAGACAUUGUCAAGCGGCUCCAAGCCAUAUGCACUGAUGCGGACCCGACAAAGCUCUAUCGUGGUCUCGUCAAGAUCGGUCAAGGCGCUUCGGGCGGCGUCUAUACUGCUUACCAAGUCGGCACAAAUUUGUCCGUGGCAGUAAAGCAGAUGAACCUGAAACAACAGCCGAAGAAAGAUCUCAUCAUCAACGAGAUUGUCGUCAUGAAAGAGUCCAGUCAUCCCAACAUUGUCAACUUUAUCGAUUCAUUCCUCGUCAAAGGCGAAUUAUGGGUCGUCAUGGAAUACAUGGAAGGCGGCUCGCUGACCGAUGUCGUCACUUGCAAUAUCUUGUCGGAAGGUCAAAUUGCCGCAGUCUGCAAGGAAACUUUGGAAGGUCUGAAGCAUCUACACGAACACGGUGUAAUUCAUCGCGAUAUCAAAUCCGACAAUGUCCUGCUCAGUCUGACGGGUCAAAUCAAACUCACCGACUUUGGCUUUUGCGCGCAAAUCAACGAGUCGCAGAUGAAGCGAACGACAAUGGUCGGCACGCCCUACUGGAUGGCGCCGGAAGUCGUCACGCGCAAAGAGUAUGGGCCAAAGGUCGAUAUAUGGUCACUCGGCAUUAUGUGCAUUGAAAUGAUUGAAGGCGAGCCGCCGUACCUCAAUGAGAACCCGCUCCGAGCGCUUUACCUGAUUGCGACUAACGGCACGCCGAAAAUCAACAACCCGGAUCAGCUGUCAAACAUCUUCAGAUCAUUUUUGCGGAGCUGCCUUAGCGUCGAUGUCGAAAAGCGACCUGACGCAAGCCAGAUGCUGAUGCAUCCAUUCUUGCAGCGCUCGGUCAAUCUCAAAUCGCUUUCACCAUUGAUCAAAGCGGCGAGAGAGCAAGCAAAGGCAAAGAGGUAG